AUGAUGAUGAAAUUUUUAGCUUUAAUUGUUUUAUUACUUGCUGUAUUCAACUCUGCCUCAGCCAGAAAACAAAAUGUUCAUUUUGAUUUCUGCCCAACUUGUGUUGAUUUUUUAAAUAAAGAUUUAGGUGAUCUUGAAAAAAUUCUUUCAGGUGGUGUCCUCGGUAGUUGUUCAAAAGUCUGUUCAUUACUCCCAGCCCAAUCCGAACAAGCUAUUUGCGAUUUACUUUGUUCAAUUGUUGGUAUUGAUGAAUUCCUUAAAAUCUUCAACGAAUUAAACAUCGAUCCAGUUUAUUUAUGCGAAAGACUCACUGUUUGCCCAGUUAAACCAGGUGCCAACGGUACUGUUCUCGAUGUUGCUGUUCAACCAUCAUCAGGUCCACACGGUACUACCUUCACCAUUGGUGUUGCUUACCAAGUUCUCAGCGAAUUAGGUACUGCUGAAAUUGCUUUUGUUGUUACCGAUCCAACUGGUACCAACGGUUUCGGUGAUGCUGAACUUUUAGUUUCAACUGCUGUUGGUAACUACAAUGCUCAAUUCCAAUUCCAAGCCACUCCAUCUGAAGGUGAAUCUUUCCCAGAAGGUGUCUACCAAGUUCAAGUUUUACUCUGUGAUGGUGCUUGUGGUACCAAACACGGUUCAACUUACAACUUUUUAACCACUAACUUUACUAUUACUGCUGGUGGUUCAGGUAACAGCGGUUCAAUUACUGGUGGUUCAGGUAGCGGUUCAGGUGCUGCUUUCUAUUAA